AUGGAGGAUGUUGUUCCACCGCCUAACGGGUUGGAAACGCCACCGACGCCUGGCGCUGCCGCAACGACGGGCGUGUACGCCGCCGACCGCGUCCCUGGCACGUACCUUAAGACUUUGACGGGUGUGCAGCGGGGGGAGGAGCUCUUCCACCGGCCGGACUUGGAGCGCCCGUGGCGAACGUCGGCGGCGCAGCGCAGCGCGGCAACGUUGGCGCUGAAAGAAAAGGAGAUUGAGGAACUCCUGCGCAAGUGCUCCAGCCUGCGAACGCAGCUUGGUAACGCAAAGCACGACGCAAAGUAUGUGGAGUUUGCCGCCGAUGAGCGGGCGAAGGGGAAGUUGGCUGAGAUGCAGAAGGAGGUGGAGCGGCUCGAGGCGGCGCUGAAGACAACGAAGGAGGAAAAGGAGGAGGUAAAGGCCUCCACGGAGCAUCAGCUGCGACUGCUGAAGUCCCAGCACGAGAAGGAGCUCCUACAACUGAAGACUGAGAAGCGUCUGCUGAGCGAACGCUGCGGCGAGCUCACCAGGAUUUACCAGCAGCAAGUCGACGAUGUCAAGAAGGCCGCGGCACGGGAGCUGGAGUACGUGGAGAGUUUAUGCAAAACUCGGGUGGAGCAGCUCAAAAAUGAGCUUCAGGCUCUUCAGAGUCAAGGCCUGGCGGCUGAGGAGCGCCGUGCGGAGGAAGUGGCACGGGCCAAUAACCUCACAAAACGAAUUGAAACAGACUACAAGGAGCGCCUUCGUGAAGCUGAGAAACGCGUCGAUGAUGUGCGAGAAAGACUGGAGGCGGCGAACAAGCGACUCGCGGAGGAGCGCAGCGCUGCUUUGAAGGAGGCAAGCCACGCUACUGAACGGUUGGUUGUGGCUUUGGCGGACCGCGAGUCUGUGCUGGAGCGAUUAAAGCAGUGGAACACUUACGUUCUUCGCCUGCUUGAUCAGUUUUACACAAAGUUUAUAGAGUCUAGACCGGAGCGGGCCGUGGAACCGCAUGAUCCAGAGCUGCACGAAUCCCCUGCUUUGUAUGCCCCGCGAUGCCUCAUGGAGGAUCCGAAUGCCAAGGUAACGGUGGAGCGCAUUGUAUAUCGCCUGCUGCAGCUAAAGCUUAUGCAUCCAGCGGAGGGAGAGGAUCGCGCUCCCACAGGGUCGGCAUCCAUAGAGGCUUUAGAGGAGUUGGCCAACAAACAAAAGCGCCUCUCACGGGCGUUCCAGGAGAUUGAAACAAAGUGUAUGGAGGCUGGACAGUCACUUAGUGGCGUCAUUUCCCGCCUGCAUUUUUUUAGCGACGAUCUUAAUGACGCGGUUGCCAAUUCGGGACUAGUGGCUCCCCCGCAAAAGUGUGCCAUCUUUGUAUGCCUCUUUGUCUGUAGGGGACGACAACUGUGGGCUGAAGACGCUGAGCUGGCUCGAACCGCGGUCUCCCUGAUGAAUUCCGUACUGCGUCCUAAAAUGACCCAGUAUGGGGCCUACGAAUGCUACAGUGACGGGGCAUCCAUGUUGCUGGCCUUUGCCGAUCCUGUCGCCGCCUGUCGUUUUUGUGUAGAGUCACAAUGUUGGCUGAUGAGUUUGCCGUGGCCGCAGUCUCUAUUGCGAAGUGCAUGGGGCAAGGAGGAGCUUGAUGAAGGGAAUAACGUGAUGUAUCGUGGAUUGCGUUUGUCUAUGGCAAUUCACACUGGCGAUGCGUUUGUGGAGCCAACCGCCAUCCCGUGUGGAGAUUCAUACCGAUGUCAUUACUACGGUCGUGCAGUUUCGCAGGUCAUUCACGUUUGCUCCCUCGCACAAGGAGGUCAAGUAAUUGUGACAGGGCCUGUUUGGGAAAUGUGUAGUGCAGAGCUGCAUGAGCUGGGUCCUGUUAGGGUCCGGGAGCUCGGGGAAAAGCCCAUUGUUUCCUUCAACAAGGAGACGAACUCGUAUGAGAAGGAGAAGCUUCAGCUUCGCCAGAUCAUCCCGCAGCAGCUGCUGGGCCGCCCCUUUCAAGGCCUGCUGGAGGAGGAUGCCUUGGAUCUCACAAUUUUUGGGAACAUGCGACGGUCGAUGCUUUCCGAUGAAAUUGAGGGCGUGGAGGCGCGACGGGCCUCGCUGAAGGAGGCGGUCGAAGUGGCAAGUGAGGAACUGGCGGCGGUGGACCGCGCCAUACAUGCCCUCCUGCACCGCACGCGGGAGGCGAAGUCGUACUUUCACCUGCUUCCGCCCAGCGAGAUGGUGGCGUUGAUGAACGACUUAUACGGUGUGAUGGAGAAGGUUGCCGCCCGCGCUGCCGACCUCCGCGUGGACCUCCGUAGCAUGGAUGAGCUGCAGGAGGAGCUGGCGAUCCAGACUCGUGGCUUGAAGGACUACUGCCUUCAGCAUGCAUCUACGGCCGCCCGAGUGGAGGAGCUGCAGACGCAUUCAGAGCUCAUGCAGACGCAUUAUGACAAGCAACUUGCCGAGAUGCGCAAGAGCCUCGCGGAGAAGACGGACCAGCUUCAGAGCGAGCUGCGGGAACGUGAUCAGCUGAUCCAACGGCUCUACAGGAAACUGCAGUCUAUUCCACGCAACCAUUCAUGA